CGCACGCCGCACCCUCGCCUCGCUCCGCUACUCGCGAACUUUCACCAACUUUUUGAACGAGAAAAAGUGCGCAGUGCUCUGAACAAAAUUGGAUGCAAAUUAGUUACCACUCUGUGUGGUGUGUGUUUGUAGCAGAGAACAGUUCUGUUUGGAAUGAUGGAGUUUAAUUGAAGCGGAAUGGUUUCCACACCAUGAGACCUUGCGGCGGGUUCGGAUAGCAGGCCUCGGUUUGGGGAUGCGCGUGAGUGGACCACGGAGCAGCAUGGCCGCGCACGCGAGCUCGCGCGUUUUCCUGCUGGCGCUUACGUUGCUCUGCCGAGAGGGCGUGUCGAGCCUGGAGCUGCUGGAGCUGCGCGUACCGGCGCACGUGCCGCUGGGCACGCGGCCGUCGCUGUCCUGCCGCUGGCAGCUCGGCCCCACAGACGUUCUGUACUCCGUCAAGUGGUACAAGGAUGGGAAGGAGUUCUUCCGACACGUGCCGAAAGACACGGAACCGCGCAGGAAGUUCCCGCUGCCCGGAGUCGAUGUUGAGAGGUCAAGUACAAAUGGGGCUAACGUGACGCUCUUCCCGGCGAUCCUGGAGACCGGCGGGCGCUACCGCUGCGAGGUGUCGGGCGAGCGGCCGCUGUUCCCCACCGUGUCAGACCACUCGGACAUGACCGUCGUAGCACUUCCAAACCAUGGGCCCACGAUCACAGGGUCCAAGCUUCGGUAUCAGAUCGGCGACCGAGUGCAGGUGAACUGCACGUCGGGACGGUCGCGGCCGGCGACGCGGCUGGCGUGGUACGUGAACGGAGAGCCCGCGCCGCCCGCCGCGCUGCAGCCGCCGGUGCACGAGACGCACCCCGACGGCCUGGAGACCACCAGCCUGGAGCUCGACUUCAAAGUCAAGCCGAAGCACUUCAGGAGGGGCGAUUUGAAACUUAAGUGUCUCGCAACGAUAGCGACAGUGUACUGGCGCAGCAACGAAGAGAGCGUGCAAGGCGAGCGCAUGAAGGGGUACGCGCGCUCGCGAGAGGUGAGCGAGGGCGCGUCGCGCGCCGACCGCGUGCAGGCGGCGGGCAAGCCCGGCGCCGCGCCGCGCGCGCUGCCCGCGCUGCCGCUGCCCGCGCUGCUGCCGCCCCUGGCGCUCUUACUGGCCAACCCCGUCAUACGAAUAUACACCUAAAACACUCCAAACGAUCACGCAGACACUUUAGUGUGUUCGGGUUUACGGUGCAAAAACAAUCAUUCUGAUUAGAUAAUAUAAUUAUUGUAAAGAUACGCUUGAAUCUGUGUAGCUGAAUAAAAGUUAUAUUUAUAAACGCGUGAGAUAUACUGUGCCAUUGUCGGAGUAAUCAUUAUUACUUACCUUGAUGUUUUAUCACCUCGAAUUCCAAAGAUAUAUUAUUUUACCAAGAUUUUGUCUAACCAAAGUAGAGGCAUUUUGUAAUUUACAUAUCAAAUUCUUUUAUGUUGUACAUUUGCGUGAUUAAGGGUAAUCUAUAGGUAUCGAUACGUCAGUGAGUAAUUACGUAGCAGUUAUUUGUGGUUCCAAUUAUGAACCACACGUGACAUAUCAUUAAAAUCAGAUUUCGAUAUUUUAUUGCAAAAAAAUGUUAUCAUGUACAUAUUACGGUGAGCGGUUAAAUUGGUGCAUAUGCAUAGUAGUUUUAAGUCACGUGCAUUUGAUUAGGCUCAUGCAAGAACUAUAUACUUACUUAAAUAAACUUAUGAAAGUUAUGAAUAUUAAAAUAUUUCUCUAUUUAGGUAACCGUUAGAAAUAACCUGUCAAUGUGGGUAUUUUUUGGAAGUGCUUUAAAAGCUGAUGAUCAUUUAUCACCGGACACUAUGUUCGCGUAAAUACCGUAAAAUUUAAGUUUCAAGUUAAAUCCCUAGAAUUAUUAUUUAUUAACAACGUUAUGCAAACCAUUAAAAAGAUAUGAUCUUGUUUACAGAAUCUCCAUAUUGCAGCACCAUUAACCAAAUUAAAACCGAAAUAAAUUACACAUAUGAAAGAAAAAGUGACCAAGGCGUCCAGUGCCUGA